AUUGGGGCAUCUCUCUUUGCCAGCAACAUUGGCAGUGGGCAUUUUGUGGGCAUUGCAGGGACUGCGGCUGCAGCUGGAAUUGCCAUUGGCGGAUUCGAAUGGAAUGUGAGUAGCAACGUCUAAAGUAAAUACCAUGAUAAUCUUAUGCAAACAUCAUCGUAAACUCUGACACCUGAUAUUAUCCCUCAUCACAUCUCCAUCUCUAUUGCACUUUAUUUGUAUAAAAGGUGAUAAACAAAUAAAGUAUAUUAUAUGUGUAUUAUCUAUACAUUCUGGGGCUAAUAAGCCUGUAGGUUAUUGUGUAAUUGUGACUAUAUGAUCGAUACUAGAGCACAGCAGUGGAUGAAAGCAAUAACACUUCAAGUAAAAAGGUGAAUCUGUCAUUUGAUGAAUCUGAGCCCUUAGGAUGUGUGUUUUUCAGGCCCUUGUGGUGGAGAUCAUUCUUGGAUGGCUCUUUGUGCCCAUUUACAUCAAAGCGGGGGUGAGGACAACCUUUUGUGUUAUUAGAGUUUAAUUACCAUUUUACCAAGCUAUUUCUUACAUUUCUGUAGCAUAAAAUCAAGUGCUAUUCUCCAGUGUAAUCGCGUCUACUGGGUGUGUUUAGGUGGUGACCAGGCCAGAGUACUUGAAGAAGAGGUUCGGAGGGCAGCGCAUCCGCAUCUAUCUCUCAGUGCUCUCACUCUUCCUCUAUGUCUUCACUAAUAUCUCAGUAAGUUCCUCAUAUCUCUGUUCAUUGUAUAUCACUGAUGUUCAGUCCAUAAAAACGACUAGGCAUGUACAAUAACCCCAUUUAGCCCAUAUAAACCCUUCCUUUGUCCCAUAUUCUCUCUCUCUCUCUCUCUCUCUCUCUCUCUCUCUCUCUCUCUCUCUCUCUCUCUCUCUCUCUCUCUCUCUCUCUCUCUCUCUCUCUCUCUCUCUCUCUCUCUCUCUCUCUCCCUCUCUCCCCUCCCCCGCCAUCUUUAUUAACCAGGCUCUGGGGCUGAAUAUCUACCUUGCUGGGGUUCUCCUGCUAAGUAUCACUGCUCUAUACACUGUCACAGGUAUACUUUUGUAUACUACUUUAAAUGGGGAGGACGGGCUCAUAGUAGCUGGAGCAGUCCUCCCCUCACCAGCCUCCUCUGUCACUUAUACACUAUAUAACUAAUUCACUGAGAGGAGCCCUAGAUCAACUGUGUCCCUGUAAACCAAUAUGGAGCUCUUAUCUGUAAUGCUAACUGCACCAUGGCGUCCUAUAUGGCUGUAUUUGAGUCUUCAUAACAAGCUAUGUCUGACGACACAUAUGCCCUCCUCCAAUGCUGUUUAUCUCCUGUGCAUCAUGGGUAUUUAGCCAUACUCCCUGAUAUAACUUUUUUGUUCUCCACUGUAAUGAUGCAUUAAUGCCUGGACUUUAGUUAACUGACAGGCCAUCCCAGACUGUCUCUGUAUACGCAGGGUUUCCCAAACUCAGUCCUGCGUUUUGUUUUUUGCCCUAGCACUACACAGCUGAUUCAAAUAACAAACUUGUCAUCAAGCUUUUAUUAUUUGAAUCAGCUGUGUAGUGCUAGGGCAAAAACCAAAACAUGCACUGAGGGGGGGCCCCAGGACCAAGUUUGGGAAACCCUGCUGUAUAGGAUUGGGUUUAGUGCAGGUUUUGUAAAUCUCAUACACACGGGAGGUGUGUUAACUGAUGAAAAUAGAGUGACUCACAAAAUCAAAUACUGUGAUGCGCACGUGAUACAUCAAUCGUUUCGAGGUAGAGUCAACAGCAAAGGGUGUGUGUAUUAUUAUUCAUUGUUAGAUAUUAAGUGUGACACUCUGGCUCUAUGGACUUUAUAAUUGAGCCAGGGUUGUUCAUUUUCAUGUGUUUGGGUGUAUUUCAUUUGGUGGUGUUGGGGAUGGGUGAGUUUCAUUUUGUUUGUGUCUAUGGUGAUUGGUCUAUGACUCCCAAUCGGAGGUAACGAGUGUCAGCUGUCGGCUCGUUAUCUCUGAUUGGGAGCCAUAUAUAUUCUGUGUGUUUUCUCCUUUGUUUUGUGGGUUAUUGUUUCUGUUAGUCUGUAUCAGUAUUUUGAACUUCACGUAUCGUCAUUUGUUGUUUUCUUCGUGGUUGCUUUAUUAAUAAAGUCAUCAUGUUCACUCCACGCGCUGCGUAUUGGUCCGCUCCUUCAGACGAUCAUGACAGAAAAACCCACCACAAAAGGACCAAGCAGCGUAACAAGCGUGUCCAGGAGCCGAGGGUCUGGACAUGGGAAGAGUUAUUGGACGGAAAGGAUCCUUGGGCACAACCGGGAGAAUAUCGCCUCCCUCGUGAAGAGCUGGAGGCAGCCAAAGCCGAGAGGAGGUGGUACGAGGAGGCAGCGCGAAGGCGAGGCUGGAAGCCCGUGGAAGAGAGGCAACCCCAAGAAAUUUUUUGGGGGGGGCACAUGGCUUGGGCAGCUGGGCAGCAGGAGGCUGCCACAGGGAGAAAAGGAGAGAAGGCUAACGGAGUACGGGAGCCAUUGGCGAGUGGAAGGAGGGAAGUUGUUGUGGCACGGCAUGAGAGACUGAAGUGUGUUACCAGUCCGGUCCGGCCCGUUCCUGAUCCGCAGUUAAGGCCAUUGGUGUGUGUUCCCGGUAUGGACCGGCCUGUUCCUACUCCACGCACCAGGUCCACGAUGUGCGUCGCCAGCCGGCCAGAGUCUGCCGUCUGCCCUAGGGCGUCUGAACUGCCCGUCUGCCAAGCGCUGCAUAAGCCGCCCGUCUGUACUGAGCCUGCAAAGCCGUCCGUCUGCCAUGAGCCUUCAGAGCCGUCCGCCAGAUCGGAGCCGCUAGAGCCUUCCGCCAGACAGGAGCCGCUAGAGCCUGCCGCCAGACAGAAUCAUACACCUGCUAUGGAAUCAGCAGGAGCCGACGCAGCCCAUACUAGACUGGAAGCUCAGGUUCGGGACCAGAAAGAGCAGCUCCUGCAGAUGGGAGCCGCCCUGCUGGAGGUGAUGACUGCAAUCCGAGGCUGGGGUCCGCCUCCACCGCCAGCCUCCCAGCCAGCACCAUCAGCCAGCCAUGAGCAGCCAGAUCUGUCGUCUAGCCAGGAUCCGCCAGAGCCGUCCAGCAAGGAUCCGCCAGAGCUGUCCAGCCAGGAUCCGCCAGAGCCGUCCAGCCAGGAUCCGCCAGAGCCGUCCAGCCAGGAUCCGCCAGAGCCGUCCAGCCAGGAUCCGCCAGAGCCGUCCAGCCAGGAUCCGCCAGAGCCGUCUAGCCAGGAUCCGCCAGAGCCGUCCAGCAAAGAUCCGCCAGAGCCGUCCAGCCAGGAUCCGCCAGAGCCGUCCAGCCAGGAUCCGCCAGAGCCGUCCAGCCAGGAUCCGCCAGAGCCGUCCAGCCAGGAUCCGCCAGAGCCGUCUAGCCAGGAUCCGCCAGAGCCGUCUAGCCAGGAUCCGCCAGAGCCGUCCAGCCUGGAUCCGCCAGAGCCGUCCAGCCUGGAUCCGCCAGAGCCGUCCAGCCUGGAUCCGCCAGAGCCGUCCCGCCGGGAUCCGCCAGAGCCGUCCCGCCGGGAUCCGCCAGAGCCGUCCCGCCGGGAUCCGCCAGAGCCGUCCCGCCGGGAUCCGCCAGAGCCGUCCAGCCGGGAUCCGCCAGAGCCGUCCAGCCGGGAUCCGCCAGAGCCGUCCAGCCGGGAUCCGCCAGAGCCGUCCAGCCGGGAUCCGCCAGAGCCGUCCAGCCGGGAUCCGCCAGAGCCGUCCAGCCGGGAUCCGCCAGAGCCGUCCAGCCGGGAUCCGCCAGAGCCGACCAGCCGGGAUCCGCCAUUCAGCCUGGUACUGCCCCUUAGUCCGGUGCUGCCCCUUAGUCAGGUACUGUCCCUUAGCCCGGUGCUGCCCCGUAGUCCGGUGCUGCCCCUUAGUCCGGUGCUGCCCCUUAGCCCGGUGCUGCCCCUUGUCCCGGUGCUGCCCCUUAUCCCGGUGCUGCCCCUUAUCCCGGUGCUGCCCCUUAGGCCGAUGCUGCCCCUUAGUCCGGUGUUGCCCCUUAGUCCAGGUGGGGUUAGUUGGAGGGUGGUCAUUGGGAGGAGGCUACCGAAGCAGGUUGUGACUGUGGUGGGGUGGGGAUCACGACCGGGGCCAGAGCCGCCACCGUGGACAGACGCCCACCCAGACCCUCCCCUAGUCCUGAUGUUGGUGCGCCCGGAGUUCGCACCUUUAGGGGGGGGUACUGUGACACUCUGGCUCUAUGGACUUUAUAAUUGAGCCAGGGUUGUUCAUUUUCAUGUGUUUGGGUGUAUUUCAUUUGGUGGUGUUGGGGAUGGGUGAGUUUCAUUUUGUUUGUGUCUAUGGUGAUUGGUCUAUGACUCCCAAUCGGAGGUAACGAGUGUCAGCUGUCGGCUCGUUAUCUCUGAUUGGGAGCCAUAUAUAUUCUGUGUGUUUUCUCCUUUGUUUUGUGGGUUAUUGUUUCUGUUAGUCUGUAUCAGUAUUUUGAACUUCACGUAUCGUCAUUUGUUGUUUUCUUCGUGGUUGCUUUAUUAAUAAAGUCAUCAUGUUCACUCCACGCGCUGCGUAUUGGUCCGCUCCUUCAGACGAUCGUGACAUUAAGGGCCUCAUUUUCAGUCUGCAAGGCAGCCCUCGCAAAUGUAUCUACAUGUAGGCCACCGUGUCUACUCUGUUAUCAUAUAAAUAUUAAUGUACAGCACUACUGAGUGAGAUUUAUUACAUUUUAGUCAUUUAGCAGACACUCUUAUCCUGAGCAAUUAGGGUUAAGUGCCUUGCUCAAGGGCCCAUCGACUGAUUUUUCACCUAGUCAGUUCGGGGAAUCGGUUACUGGCCCAACGCUCUUAACUGCUAGGCUACCUGCCGCCCAUUGAUUCUAUAUGAUAGAUAAACAUAAAACGAGCAACUGAACCAUUAAAAGGCUAUCCCUUUUGACCAGGGGCAAUCAUUACAGUAAAAAAUAAAAUAUCACAUUUACAGUGUAAAUGAGUACUACAGGGAUUUUCCACAGUUUAGUCAUUGACUGGACAACCCUGUAUGAGUAAUGAUUGGUAUUGUAUUGUGCUGUAUCUCACCAAGUGUACUAUACCUCAGGUGGACUGGCUGCAGUGAUCUACACAGACACUUUGCAGACCAUCAUCAUGGUUGUGGGAUCUUUCAUCCUCAUGGGUUAUGGUAAUGUCUCUUUAUGCAUCUAUGUCCCUCAUACUGCCCGGUUCCUCUUUUCCAGUUCCCAUAACGCUAUAUCUCUUCCUCCGGAUAAUUAUCCAGCCUUUCUCAUUCCUCUUUCUACUGCUAGUUCAUCUGUGAUCACAGUUUCCAACCCUCUCCUGUCUGUCUCCUCAGCCUUCAAUGAGGUGGGAGGUUAUGAGAACUUCCAGGAGCGCUACAUAACGGCCAUGCCUACUCAGACUGUGGUCAACAUCAGUGAGAGCUGCUACACCCCUCGGCCUGACUCCUUCCACAUCUUCAGGGAUGCGGUGACAGGGGACCUGCCCUGGCCAGGCCUGGUGUUUGGUCUCAGUGUCCAGGCCACCUGGUAUUGGUACACUGAUCAGGUAGCCUACUGCUCUGUAGGAAAUUAACAAGUCUAACACCCUCUCUCCCUCCUUCAUUCACAGGACAGGCACAUGCACGCACUCGCGUCAGGUAUACACUUGUAUACAUGCACUCUAUCUAACCCCCCAUCUCCCUCCACACACUAAUUUGUGCAUCAUUAACAUGGCCACGCUUUCCAAACAGCUUGCAGCUUGUCUUAGCUUAAGUGACUACCUUAUGAAGAGAGGAACACUUUUAGUUAGACCCAAAUGCGUUCCCACAGACUAAGAUAAGAUUAAAAGCCAGUAACACAGAGGUGACUGUGAACAAAGAACAGGAUGUUGCUUCACACAUGGUAAAUACGGGAGUUGAAACAGCCUAUUACAUCAGCAGAACUCAAAGCUUCUCUUUUUUUAUUUUAAUUUUUUUGAAUAUUAAAACAUACAUUCUACCUGCAGUGAAGCCGCUCAACAUUUACAUCACAUUCAGUCAUCCAACAGACUCCCAUCCAGAGCGACCCAUAGAAGCAACCAGGGUCAACUCUCUGCCCAAGUGAAAACGGGGACCCGAACCUGCGACAUAUCGCCAGGCCACCAACCCUCCAAGAUCCCCCCACCCCUCAAUAAUAAAGUACCUCUCCCAACCCUCUUUUUAGGGGUUGAUACAUUUUUCAAAAGUCGAAAUUACAAACUUCUGAAGCCUUUUUACACCUCAAAUACACUACAAAUAUAUAAUUUUUCUGCAUUGCAGGAAAGUUCUUCUGUAACAGGGUGAUCAAAUUAAGAUCCUACAUCUGUAGUAACAAUGACAGUCCUGGCACCACUACCAACACGAUUACUACUGCUACAAAUAGUGUACUAUUGUACUAAAUACAGUACUAGUCCUUAUACCAGGACAACAGUUGUUGUCUACUACAACCAACCAUCACAUUUGUUCAGCUCUUUAUUACUUCUAUUUUAUAUUUUCCACACCUAUCCUAAUCCACCUUCCAUUCCAUCCUGUUCUCCUUCUCAUUCCCCCCUCCCUGCGCUCUCUUCCUGUCCUCAGCCUCUCACCUGCAGGUCUGCGAGGCCUGAUGUUGUCGGUGAUGAUGGCGUCUCUGAUGAGCUCCCUGACCUCCAUCUUCAACAGUGGCAGUACCCUGUUCACCAUGGACAUCUACACCAAGAUACGCAGCUCCGCCUCCGAGAAGUAACUCAUGAUCGCUGGGAGGUACAGUAACACACAUCUCUGCGUGCUCAAGUCCUUUGGAGUUAAAUUGCUUUAAUGUACACUACCAGUGUAGGGCGGCACACAAUUGGCCCAGCGUCGUCUGGGUUUGGGCGGUGUAGGCCGUCAUUGUAAAUAAGAAUUUGUUCUUAACUGACUUGCCUAGUUAAAUAAAGGUUAAAUAAAAUAAAAAAUUGAAAUUAAAAUUGAAAUGCAUUCCAGGUGACUACCUCAUGAAGCUGGUUGAGAGAAUGCCAAGAGUGUGCAAAGCUGUCAUCAAGGCAAAGGGUGGCUAUUUGAAGAAUCUCAAAUAUAAAAUAUAUUUUGAUUUGUUUAACACUUUUUUGGUUACUACAUCAUUCCAUAUGUGUUAUUUCAUAGUUUUGAUGUCUUCGCUAUUAUUCUACAAUGUAAAAAGUAGUAAAAAUAAAGAAAAACCCUUGAAUUAGUUGGUGUGUCCAAACUUUUGACUGGUACUGUGUAUAUGUGACUAUGCUAGUGUUUGUGUAUGUUUGUAUUUUAGAUAAAUGGGUAAGAUUGAUAUUGAUGUAUUAUCCUUGUCUGUGAAGGGUAUUUAUCCUGGUUCUAAUCAGGGUAAGUAUAGCGUGGAUCCCUGUGGUCCAGUCUGCUCAGAGCGGCCAGCUCUUUGACUACAUCCAGUCCAUCACCAGCUACCUGACCCCGCCCAUCGCAGCCACCUUCAUGCUCGCCAUUUUCUGUAAGCGUGUCAACGAGCCAGUGAGUCUCCAUCUAAACCAAACUGACUGUGAUAUAAACUAGUUUACUUUAGCUACUUGUUGUUUGAACUGGUUAAUUUAAGCUGUGGUUUUAUGCAGUGUAGUUUAUCUGUACUCUGCCGGUUUAGCUCAAAGGUCCCUGGUUACCACGUUCACCAUUUACUGUCUUGUUCCUGUAAACUUUUUUUUGUGUAACAGGAAGUGAACCAUGAGAAAGCGUUGAGUUACAGACUUCUCUUCACUCUCCUCUCCCCCCUUCAGGGUGUGUUCUAUGGGCUUAUGAUAGGCUUGGCUAUUGGCCUAUCCAGGAUGAUCGCUGAGUUUGCCUAUGGGACGGGCAGCUGUGUGGCUCCUACUAACUGUCCUAAGAUCAUCUGUGGGGUCCACUACCUCUACUUCUCCAUCAUUCUGUUCUGCAUCUCCUGCCUGGUGAUACUCACCAUCUCCCUCAUGACCAAACCCAUCGAUGACAAACAUGUAAGUUACAACUGCCCCCGAUACCCAAAUGUAUUUUGUUAUUCUUCCAUCCGUGAAUGCUAAUUAUAUAAAAACUCAUUCACUCUGCUAUCUGUAAAUUAACUUCUCCCCAUUUGUUUGUCCCAUGCCUCUCCCUCCCUCCAUCUCCAGCUGUACUGGUUGUGCUGGAAGCUGAGGAACCACACAGAGGAGAGGUUGGAUCUGGAGAUAGAUGAUUGGACAGAAAACCAAGAAUCAGACUAUAUGGAUAUUGACGGUAAGAGAGGUCUCUCUCCAUCUGCUAUUCCGUGACAUACAUACAAACAAAUGUUUUUAAUACAUCUACACACGCGCACACACACUGUGUCCUCAUUCCUGUGUUUGUGUGUCUGUGCAGAGCCCACAGAGGAGCCAGGCUGUUGUAAGAAGGCAUUGUUGAGCUUCUGUGGUUUGGAGAAGUCGAAUGCUCCCAUGCAGAGUGCUGAGGAGCAGGCUGAGCUGCAGAGGCAACUCACAGACACCUCAGAGAAACCCCUGUGGAGGAACGUGGUCAACCAAUGGCAUUAUCCUCCUGUGUGUCUGUGUCUUCUUCCACGGCUUCUACGGUUAAACAUCUCCUCAUCCUGGACCUCCACUGCCCUGGAGUCUGGACUGUCUAACCAUAAACUUGAGUAG